GGGCAGGCCUUCAUUUCACAGACGAGGAAACCGAGUCCAGAGAAGUGGAAGUCACAGCCGAAAGUCACACAGUGCACGAGAGGCAGAGCUGGGAGUCCCGACUGGGGUCCCUUGCUGGCUGUCCUCUGAGCACCCUGUGCUGGGUUGACUUUUCCAUCUGGAAGCAGGGGGAGGAAAGAGUUCAUUCACACCAGCAGGAAUCGACAGUCUUAGAAUGGCAUGCGUAUUAUUUAGCAGCCUGGCCACAGGACAGCUGUCCGUCAGUCCCCAAGGAUCCUCUGAGCACACAAGGAAGCCAGUGUCUUUCCUUCAAGACCCACUGGUUCACUUCAGUGCUAACAAUCCAUGUUGACUCCGACAGGCAGAACGAAAAGCUAAACCCGUGAAAGAGCUUGAGCAUCUCCUCGCGGAGGUGCUGUGGGACCCUUCACACUGUGCACAUCUGCACCAUUUGUGCUAAGGCUGGUGGUUGUGUGAGAGGGGAAACUGAGGAGGAAACGUGAGCAGACAACAUCCACACCUGGGCCAGCAUGACCUGGGUGGGGUUUUUUCAACACCUGCCCUCCCUAAGCUAAUCUGCCAUGGCCAGGGUGAGGCUUCUGCCCAGAGGCACUCGGUCGCACACCUUCCGUUCAGCAUUUCCAUGGCUGCGAGGAUUGGCUGGUCUUCGUUUGGCAAGUUCACAGGCAGAGCCACAUCCGCUGAUGUUUGCAUAGAUGCUCCACUGUACGGAUGGAGGACAGUAGAGCCAACUCGCAGUCAUGCUGCCCAGCUCUGCCAUUUCCAUCUCCUCCAUCUGUGGUACCGGGCGAGUGAGGGCUGAACUCCAGGGCUGCUGUGCCCAUUAAAUGAGUGAAUGCAUGUACAGUGCUGAAGGUAGUGGCUGGCACAGCGAGUGUUCAUGAACGGCACUGUGGGCAGUAAGUUUGGUGCCAGGAACCAAGAGCCGGUGAGCUGAAUUAAUCGUCCCAAGCCUUCGGGGAUUGCUGUGAGUCUCUGGGAAAGGUCCCUCCAAGUGCCAGCCCAGGUGGGGGCACACCUGGAAGCCAUUUUCAAGAACCUUUGCCACAGGUGUAAAAGACUCCAGGCCUGAGAAGAUGCUGAAACAGAUACUGUCGGAGAUGUACAUAGAUCCUGAUCUGCUGGCAGAGCUCAGCGAAGAACAGAAACAGAUCCUGUUCUUCAAGAUGAGAGAGGAACAGAUCCGCCGAUGGAAAGAAAGAGAAGCAGCGAUGGAAAAAAAGGAGCCCCUGCCAGUGAAAUCCAGACCAAAGAAAGAGAACAGCAAAUCUGUUCAUUGGAAACUGGGAGCCGAUAAGGAAGUCUGGGUGUGGGUGAUGGGCGAACACCAUCUAGACAAACCCUACAAUGUGCCCUGUAAUGAAGUCCUUGCUGAGAGCACCCAGGCCAAAGCACAGCAGGAAGCAGAAGAGCUCAGCAAAGCUCAGUCCAAACAUUUCACCAGUAGCUUGACCACAAAAUCACACGACUGUGAUCUGCAAACACCAGGUACCUGGGAGUCUCCGAACAUCUGUAAGAAAGUGGCAGGACAGGAGGAAUCGGACCCAGGCUCGAGACCAGCACCGACCCUUAAAGAAGAGAAAACCCCAUCACCUUCCAGUUCCUCAAGAAAUAUUCAACAAAUGUUGGCAGAUUCUAUCAAUCGUAUGAAGACAUAUGGAUUUCACCAGAAGAAAGAAUCCACGAAGAAAACACAAGAUGAAGAAAUAAAACAAGUAGAUGAAGAAAGAACCAAGCAGAUUUAUAAGAGCUGGAAGGAAGAUUCGGAGUGGCAGGCAUCUUUGCGAAAAUCCAAAGCAGCUGAUGAGAAGAGACGCUCCUUGGCUAAGCAGGCACGGGAAGACUACAAGAGGCUAUCCCAGAACGGAAGGAGCAGUGAGGGACUGCAGAGCCCCUCAAGUGUCCCUCUGAAACCAAAGAGACCGCCCCUUCCACCCAAGCCGAAAUUUCUGAACCCAGCGGAAUACCCUCCCAAGCCUUUCAGAAAUCAGGCAGUGACAAGGACAGCAUCCAGCGCUGCCCAGGAGGACAUCGUCCGAUGGUUUAAAGAGGAGCAGCUGCCCCUGCGAGCAGGCUACGAGAAGACCUCCGACACCAUAGCCCCCUGGUUCCAUGGCAUUCUCACACUAAUGAGAGCAAAUGAACUACUGAGCACAUGCGUGCCGGGCAGCUUCCUGAUCCGAGUCAGUGAGAGGACCAAGGGCUACGCCCUGUCCUACCUGUCUGAGGGCGGCUGCAAACACUUCCUCAUCGAUGCCUCCACCGACUCCUACAGCUUCCUGGGCGCGGACCAGCUGCAGCACGCCACCCUGGCGGAGCUGGUGGAGUAUCACAGGGAGGAACCCAUAACCUCCCGGGGGCAGGAGCGCCUCCUGUACCCCUGCGGUCAGCGGGACCAGCCUCCCGACUACCUGGAGCUCUUUGAGUGACAGCCCCCACGUGUCAUGCUGCAGCCCCCGGCUGGGCUUUCCUGUGGACAGACACGGCUGAAAUGGACGUCUGUGUGUGAAGCCAAAAUGACCCUGCCGCAGAGCCAGUACUGACCAGCCAACAGUACCCAUGGGGUCCUACAGAAAUCCCUCUUCCGCACGAACACCGGAGUUUGAUGUUAGAGGAGAUCACCUCUGCAUCGUACGCACUCCGAACGUGAAGGGAGAUCCCCCAUUUCAGCAACUGCCUAACGUGAAGGAUACACCCUCCAUGAUGUAUAUAAGACAAAGUGAACAAAGAAGAAAUUGGAGCCUUUUAGGGAUGAAGGUGUUCUUUAAAAACCAGUAGCUCGUGGGAACUAUUUCACGGUCUCCAAGCUCUCCUUUUGCAUCAUCUCAAAAAGCCUCAGGGCCUGUUUAUAUGAAGUGACAUGCUGGCUUUAUUGACAGCUGAGAUGACUCUCCAAACACACGUCACUUAUUGUGCACGUUGGAGCCAGGAUGUAAGAGACAUAGGAAAACAAAGUCGGGCAUGUAAGUUGAAUGUGUUUAAAGUAUAGGGUGAGGGGCUUAACAGGGACAAAAACACCGCGGACUAGGAGAGCGAGCUGGUGUCUGUGAGUGUCCUCAUCCCAGAGAGCCAGGACACGGUGCCCGUCUACCUUGGCUCUACCCAGAGUGCACCAGCGAUGGAGUCUGUGCACACGUGAGGUCCUAGGUGUUAGUGGUGACUGACAUGAACACAAUAGUGAGCUGUGUGAAUGCUACUUCUUGUGGGUUGAACUGUGUCCCCCAAAAGAUAUUUUGAAGUCCUAGCCCCCCCAUACCUGUGAAUGUGACCUUAUGUGGACAUGGGGUUUCUGCAGAUGUAAGCCAGUUGAGGUCAUCCUGGACUAGGGUGGGCCCCAUAAUCAAUGCCGGGCAUCUUUAUAAAGAGAGAGGGAUCUGGGAACAGAGGCACGCAGAGAGAAGGCCCCGAGAUGACAGCAGAGACAGGAGUGAUGCAGUUACAACCCAGGGAUGCCAAGGACCACUGGCGACCACCAGGAGUUAGGAGAGCAGCAUGGACAGGCCUUAGAAGAGAACGUCGCUCCGCCGACACCUUGAUUUCAGACUUCUAUCCUCCAGAACUAUGACAGAACAAAUUUCUGUUGUCUUAAGCCACUGAGUUUAUGAUAGUUUUUAUGGCACCCCUAGAAAACCAAUACAUUUAUGUAAUUACAGAACCGGAUGUACAUUAUGUACCAUACAAAUGCGAGAUGUACAACUGCAGAUAGGCACCCCGCCCUCCUCCUAAUGAAGGGAAAACAGGAGAUGAGAAGAACCUCCCAUUGGCUCUGCUUAGCUCAGGACCAAGAAUUGCUCAGUCAGGAAUCUUCUGCCCCACUGCACCCCAUCCCACCCCCAGCCUCCAUCAGGUGAAAGGCCUGACCAAGGAGGCUCGGAGUCACCGAGAUCAUUCUCUGGGAAGAUGGAGAUCUACUCAGACUUCAGGCCCGGCUCCCCGCAUCAGCGUUGUUUUAAAGGAAGCAGACGGUGGUAGCCAUUUGAUCCUGAGGUUGUUGGUUGUAUAAAGCACCCGCUGGCAGUGUAAAAUGCAACCCGUAAAGAGGGCGGGGCGCCUGUCUGUGCAUAUAUAUGUGCGAGUGUGCAUGGGUGGAGAUGUGUACUUUAAUGAGGAAGUGUUUAAACACAGGGAGUUGCUCUGUGUUUCUUGAAAUGCUGCAUGUGUUUUCUAUUGUCUGAGAGACAACUGUCAAUUAGUGUCAAGAGCGUCUCUCCGCUUCCUCUCUGUGACUCAGCGACCAUGACGUGAGAGAAUUGCAGAGAUGAUGCCGGGCUGGAAGCCAGGAACGUCUGUUCCCGCCUCUUCCCACCAUGAGCUGCGUGGUCGGGAUAGGUCCCCUUACCUCUCUGAACCUCACCUUUCACUUCUAAUGAAAUAAAACAAGGGAUUUUAACUAGAUGAUCUUUAUGAUGUUCAUUCAGCUCUGAAAUCUUUAGGUUCUUGAAUGAAUAGAAACAUACCCUACAGUCACUAAUAAUUACGAAGACAUAUAAGAUUCCAGCAUCACCCUCUGCCUAGAAUUCUUCUGGAGGAAAUAAGUACAGUCAUGUCCAGAUAUAACUACACCAAGUGACUUCUUACUGGGGGAAGACUUAGAACACGGGAAAUGACUGGGUGAGCCUACCGUUACAAGGAGAAGCAGAUUGGAGUCCUGCACUAUUUUACCCUGUUGGUUACUGACUCUCAGAGGAAUAAGCUGUCCAGUGUUUGAUGAUAUGGUGGUGAGGACUAACACCUGAAAUUCUUAGGGAAAGAGAAGGGUUUACAGAAUUCAGAAAUUGAUUACAACUAAAUGGGUUGAGGAGGCCUGAAUUCUCAUCCCAGCUCAGCUGGUAAGACCCGGUCUCCCUGUGUCUGACCCUAGUUAUGGCCUAAGGUGAGGCCGUCCAAACCCUGGCCCUGGUCCCCUCCAUCUGUUGACUCAAGAAGCCCAGCACUUGUCUAAAAUCAGUAAAAACAGCCGUAACCGGUUUGACCAGUGGCUAGAGCGUC